GCUAAAUCAAUAAAUUAAGUACCUUUCAAAGUAACCCAAAUAGUUAAAGGAAGCAAACACGAAAUCGGUUUGAACAUAUAUGCAAUUUUCUUUGUAGAAAUCGUGGACUUUUAUUUGUUUAUAUUUUUUUUUCUUUUAGAAAAUCCCUCAAUGACCAAGUCUACCAAUCUUUUUCUUAGAACAAUUAUCCAAUUGUUUUUUGCUUAGAAAUAAAUAAUUUCAAUUAUCUAACUAAUCUUCCAUUACCUUGCCAAUGGAUGCUACCUACUGCCAUAGACAUUUAUGCAACAAACAAGCUUUUGCUUCAGCGGUUGGAUUUGGACUACUUAUCGGAAACAAAAUGGUAUCGAAAACCAGAUUUUGGUAUCCUUUUAUCCUGCUGAUGUUCUUAUGUGCUGGUGCUGCAAUGGACACAAUCAGACCAGGCAACCACUUGAAUAGCUCAACAACAGUGGUUUCAGUUGGUGAAAUGUUUGAGUUGGGAUUUUUUCAACCUACAGAUUCAGAACAUUACUAUGUGGGAAUUUGGUACAAGAAUAUCAAGGAAGAUCCAGUGGUUUGGAUAGCGAACCGGGAUUAUCCGGUCACUGCUUCGGCUUUUUUCUGCAUAAGCGAUGAUGGCAACCUUGAGAUUAAGCAAGGUAGGAUCAUUUACAGGGUGACAGAUAUGACAUUACCUAAUGCAAAUGUGACUGCUACAUUGUUGGAUUCAGGCAAUCUUAUUUUGAGAGAUGAAAAUUCUAGCAUAUUAUGGCAAAGCUUUGAUUUCCCUUCUCAUACUUACUUGCCCGGUAUGAAACUCGGAUACGAUACAAGGAUUCAGAGCACUUGGUCGUAUGUCUCGUGGAAGAGCUCCAAUGACCCGAGUCCUGGAAAUUUCACCCUCAAAUUGGAUUCCGGACCUGAAAAACAGAUCAUGAUCAUGAACGGAGAUGCGAUAUACUGGAGAUCAUAUAGGUCAUGGGGAGAUAGAGACAACUUCUUUGAAUUCCCUGUUGAAACAAGGUUGAACAUGUACAACUUUAGCUUUGUUUCGGAAUCUGAUACGGCUUAUCUCACUUACAACAUCUAUACGAAUGACACGAUCAGUCGAUUCACGAUCGACGCGACGGGACAACUGAGGCAACUCUUAUGGUUAGACAACGAAUGGAGCGUGUUGAACAGUCAACCGAUGCAACCGUGCGAAGUAUACGCUUACUGUGGUGCCAAUUCGAGCUGCAGCAACAUGUCAUCACCAAUUUGUAGUUGUUUACCAGGAUUCAAACCGAGUUCGGUUGAGUUUUGGAACAAUGGAGAUUUCAAAGAAGGAUGCUCAAGGAAAAAUGAAUUGCAAUGUGGCACUGGCAAGAACGAUGGAUUUCAUAUGCUUACUAAAGUAAUAUUGCCACAAAAACAUCUGACACAAGAGGUUCAAAGCUUUGGUGACUGCAGGUCAUCCUGUUUGAGUAACUGCUCGUGUUCCGGUUUUUCGUAUACCGAUCGGAAUUGCUCGAUAUGGACUGGAGAACUAAUCAAUUUGCAGCAGCUACCAGUUAAUAAUAGCUCUGGAACAGAUUUUUAUCUCAAACUAGCAGCAACCGAUUUGGAGACUAAAAAAGAAAGCUCAAGUAACACGAGGAAAACAGUUAUUGUAUCAGUGACAGUAACUAUGACAGUUUUUACUUCAGCAUUUUGCAUUUGGCAAGUGAAGGUGAAGAGAGAGAAAAUAAAAGGGCAAGACUUGUUAUCAUUUGAAGUUACUAUGAGUCCAUCACAUACCAAAAAGGAACAAUGUAAAGGAAGAUGGCAAGUGGAACAUGAGAAGGAAGUGGAAAUUCCAUUAUUCAGCUUUUCCAGUGUAUCUGCUGCUACUGAUAAUUUCUCAUUCUCAAAUAAACUUGGAGAGGGUGGUUUUGGACCUGUAUACAAGGGAAAAUUAUUGAAAGGGGAUGAAGUAGCAGUGAAAAGGCUGUCAAGACAAUCUGGGCAAGGUUGGGAUGAGUUAAAGAACGAAGCAAUGCUAAUAGGCAAACUCCAACACAAAAAUCUCGUCAAACUUCUUGGUUGUUGCAUUGAAAGAGAUGAAAAGAUUCUUAUCUAUGAGUAUUUGCCCAAUAAGAGCUUGGAUACUCUUCUCUUCGGUACCAAUGCAAUGGUUACACUACCUUGGAAAACUCGAGUUCGAAUCAUCGAAGGGAUUGCUCAAGGUCUUCUUUAUCUCCAUCAAUAUUCCAGGGUUCAAAUUAUUCACAGGGAUUUGAAGGCCAGCAACAUUUUGUUGGAUGAAGAUAUGAACCCUAAAAUUUCGGACUUUGGGAUGGCUAGAAUUUUUGGAGGCACAGAACAACGAGCAACUAAACGGAUUGUUGGAACUUAUGGUUACAUGGCUCCUGAAUAUGCUUUGGGAGGCGUCUUCUCAGUGAAAUCAGAUGUCUUCAGCUUUGGAGUUUUGUUGUUAGAGAUUUUAAGUGGCAAAAAGAACACCGGUUUCUAUCUAAGCAAUUCUCUCGAUCUCAUUGGAUAUGCAUGGGAUCUUUGGACAAGCAAGAGGCCACUAGAGUUUAUCAACCCUGAAACGCAUGAUACGUAUUGUCCAAUUGCAGCAACUAGAUACAUGAAUAUUGCACUCCUUUGUGUUGAAGAACGAGCGGCCAACCGACCGACAAUGUCGGACGUUGUCAUGAUGUUGAACAAUGAACUCACUGUCUUACCUUCUCCGGUGCAACCGGCUUUCUCGAAUGCCCGAAAUGUCCAAGAUUCAAGUCAGAGCAUCCCAGAAACCUCUCAAAAUAAACUUACAAUCUCGGUUAUUACUAAAAGCUUCUCAUUAAUGGAGAUUCUUUGGUGGUCGACUCUCUUUUUCUUCUUCAUUUUCAAAGCCUCAACAAUGAAAAUCAUCACUCCGGGUGAUUUCAUUAAAGAUGGCGGUGAAACACUUGAAUCCGAAAAUGGAACCUUCGAAAUGGGUUUUUUCAGUCCAGAGAAUUCGAACAACCGAUACGUAGGAAUAUGGUAUAAAUUUUCAAACACCACAGUCGUUUGGGUCGCUAACAGGGAAGUUCCGGUUUCAGAUAAUAAUGGAGUUUUAAGCUUAGACAACAAUGGAAUCCUCACACUUUUCAACGAAACCAACGGCGUCGUUUGGUAUACUAAUCCAAACACAUCAAGAACUCCCCAUGAACCUGUUUUACAGCUUUUCGAUUCAGGAAAUCUCGUAGUGAAAGAGAAAAACGAGGAUGAUUCAAAGAAUUUUUUCUGGGAAAGUUUUGAUUUUCCUUGUGAUAAUCUUUUACCAGGGAUGAAGAUUGGGAUAAACUUAAUCACUGGUUUCGAAUACUAUAUAUCGUCAUGGAAAUCAUCAGAUGAUCCAUCACAAGGUCAAUAUUCAUUAAGGAUGGAUCCUCAUGGUCACCCACAAGUUGUUUUGAAGAAAGGAUCGGAAACAGUUUACCGAGCAGGUUCAUGGGACGGUCAUUAUUUAUCAGCUCGGAAACCAGAUGAUAGUCCAAUUCCUUUGUAUUCAUAUAAUUUCGUGAUCAAUGAAAACGAAAUUUACUUCAAAUCGGAGCUGAAAAACAGUUCGUUUAUUUCCAGGUACGCAAUGGAUCCAUCUGGUUUAAUGCAGCGUUUCAUAUGGAACCAAAGGAAUGAAUGGCAAGUUUUCUCGACGGCACAAGCUGAUGGAUGUUCUACUUAUGGGUUAUGUGGAUCGUAUGCGAGUUGUAAAUCCGGUAGGUUUCCACUGUGUUCGUGCUUGGAAGGGUUUAAACCAAAGAGCUCGAUGAAUACGUCGGAUGGAUGCAGUCGGACGACGGAGUUGGAUUGUAGUGGAGAUGGGUUUUUGAAGCAGAGACGGUUGGCGUUACCUGACACAUCGAAAUCUUGGGCUAAUGGUAGCAUGAAUUUAAAAGAAUGCGAGGAAUUUUGUGUGAAGAACUGCGCUUGCACGGCGUAUGCGAAUUUGGAUGUUACAAAAGGGAGUGGAUGCUUGGUUUGGUUGGAUGAAUUGAUUGAUAUAACUGAGUUUUCACAGGAUGUCCAACCUCUUUACAUUCGAUUGCCUAUAUCUGAGCUAGAUAAAAUUCAAAGAAAAAUGGAAAAGAAGAAGGCAGUGAUAAUAGCCAUCUCCAUCAUAGUACCUAUGGGAUCCAUGGUAACAUUGUUUCUCUUAUACAAACUCAAGAAUAAUCUCAGCAACAAAGGUAAACCAACAUUUUCCCUCGACUUCUAUAUUCAGACACUUAUUUUCGACAUGUUUUACGAGUAA